UACAGACAAAGGGGUUAUACACUAGCAUUGAUUUACUUGAAAUAUUAAAGUUUUUUAACCAUUUAGAUUGAACUUUCAAAAUGAAUUUAUUGUAUCGAUUAGUAUUGAUUAGAUUAUUGACAACAACAACAAUCGUUGGUAUAUUUGUGGAAAUAGGUUACUAUCCGGGUGUGAGUAAUAUAUUUUGCGGAUAUCAGUACGGUAUGUAUCGCAUUGAUAUAAUACCCAAACAAAAGUGCUACAAAAAUAAGGUAUCGCCCUAUCCAUAUGUUGAUGCCUUUGGAAAUAUAAACUGGAAUCUAACUGAUCCGAGAAUAUUCAAAGGUAAUAGUGUUGAUCGGGGAGAGUCUCCCUGGACUGUACUCAUUAAAUAUGAUGGUCAAUUGACGUUAAAAGCCUCCUAUUGUACCGGUGUUUUAAUUAGUAGAAAAUGGGUUAUGACAGCCGCCCGGUGUAACUUUGCUUUUGGUCAAUACGGUAGUAAUCGAUUUCCGAGAGUACAUGUGUUUAUAGGCGACAGUCAGAGCCGCGAGAAAGGCAUGAGAUUACGGGUGCAAUUGCAUCACAUAUGGCGACACCCAAAGUAUAAUCCAUUUAUUGAUUUUGAUGGCAACGAUAUAGCACUUUAUAGAUUGCCGGACAAGAUUGAGAUCAAUACUUAUAAAGGAUUUAAUUAUCCAAUUAUGAUAAAUACCAUAUGUUUACCAUCCAAUCAUACGGUGUUUAAUGAGGAACUAGAGCUGACAACAAUGGCCGGUUGGGGUGAGAUUUUCACUACAAAACAUGUUAAUAAGGAAACCGACCAAUGA